GUUUCUUCGCUUGUUUUGUGGAAGACGAGCGAGCGAGCGAUCGAUCGAUCCAGUCCGCGGUAGCUAUGGCGUCCAAGCGCACGGCGAUGAUCUUCAAGCGGUGUAUGUCGUCCGUGCCAGGAGGGAAGCCGCUGCCCGUGAGGAAGCCGCUGCCUUACCGCAGGGUCACUGUUCUCGGCGCCGCGGGCGGCAUUGGGCAGCCGCUAAGCAUGCUCCUCAAGCUCAAUCCGCUCGUCAGCAAGCUGUCGCUCUACGAUAUUGCGGGGACUCCCGGUGUGGCGACCGAUCUAUCGCAUAUCAACACCCGGACAGAGGUGCAUGGGUUUGCUGGAGAUGAUCAGCUCAAGGACGCUCUCAAGGACGCGGAUCUCGUGAUAAUUCCCGCCGGUGUUCCUCGCAAGCCUGGGAUGACCCGGGACGAGCUUUUUGAUAUCAAUGCCGGGAUUGUGAAGAAGCUUGUCCAAGCUAUCGCCAAGCACUGCCCUUUCGCUUUGAUCAACAUGAUCAGCAAUCCAGUGAAUUCCACCGUGCCUAUUGCUGCCGAGGUGUUGAAGGUCGAGGGCACUUACGAUCACACGAGGUUGUUUGGUGUGACGACUUUGGAUGUUGUGCGCGCGAGGACCUUCUAUGCUAAAGCCAAGAACCUCCCGAUCGAAGAUGUGGACGUCCCUGUCGUUGGGGGACACGCCGGCAAGACCAUUCUUCCUUUGUUUUCACAGGCAACUCCACAAGUACCUCUGUCGAAGGAAGAGGUCGAGGAGCUCACGAGGAAGACACAAGACGGUGGAACGGAAGUAGUCCAGGCCAAAGCUGGAAAGGGUUCUGCGACACUGUCCAUGGCCUAUGCCGCUGCUCUUUUCGCCGAGUCCUGCUUGAAGGCAAUGAAUGGAGAGCCGAAUAUCAUCGAGUGCGCCUACGUUGGCUCCUCGGUCACAGAUUAUCCAUUCUUUGCAUCCAAGGUUGAGCUCGGGAAACACGGCAUGGUGAAAGCUCUCGAGCUGGGACCGAUCUCCAAGUACGAGCAAACAUGCCUGGACGAAAUGAAAGACGAGCUCAUGGGCUCCAUCGACAAGGGUGUUGCUUACGUGCACAACACUGAGAGCGAGAAGAUCAUCGAAAGUCUCAAGUGAGCGACGAUGGAUUGAAUUACCAGUGCAGUUUUGAUAACUCUAGAGAUUGAAAUAACUGAGAACUUCUCUCUAAUUGCUGUGUACCUUUCUGGAGAAAAAUAACUUCUCUUCAUAACGAUUUUUUUC